AUGGGCACUCAUGAUCUUGCAACUCGGCCUCAUCCGGCCGGUGUCUCGGACGGCGACUGGGUUGAUGUGAGUGACUGUCGUGAACGCCAGAUAACUGCAGCAGACUUGGAGUCUAUGCCGGAACGGAUCACACGCGUCGCUUCGGAUGAAAAGAAUCUCAAUAAGUUUUACAACAUCAAGUUUUCUACUACAAGGUCUCAUCGAUUGGAACGUUACUACAAUGAGGAGCUCGAAAGUCUAUUCAAGGCACCGUUCGAUACCUACAGCCAGGAAGAUAGGGUAGACUUCAUACUGCUACGCAACUAUCUGAGGCGGAAUCUGCGUGUCUUGCUUCUGGAUCGUGAGCGAGACGAGCUGGCGAAGCCGGUUCUACCAUUUGUUCAACCGCUCAUCGAUAUCUGCGAAGCUCGUCAAAACAUGGUCCCUGUUGACAGCAAAAAGACAGCCAUGGUAUUGAACGAGACGGCCAAGAAGAUAGCCGCAACAACAAAGGCUAUCAAAACCAACGAGAUCAAAGCCAAUGACUCGACUUUCUCACGUGCUAUGAGCACCGUUGACCAAAUUCGAGGCCACAUCGAUGAGUUCUAUGGCUUCUACGCUCCAUAUGACCCCUUGUUCCCUUUUUGGUGCGACGCGCCCACAAAGGAACUCAACGAGGCCCUCGCCGGCAUCAAGACGGCGAUAGACACCAAGCUCAUUGAGAAAAAUGGGUCCGGGUCUAUCCGCGCUGCAGUAGAACCGAUUGGGCGCGCCGGGUUGAUCACGGAGCUCGAAGCGGAGAUGAUACCCUACACGCCCGAGGAGCUCCUCAAGCUGGCGCAAGAACAGUACGAUUGGUGCGAAAAGGAGAUGAAGAAGGCUUCACGCAGUAUCAAGUUGGGCUCCGUUCGACCGGAAGGGAAUCAUGGAAGCGGAUCUGGUCUCAAGGCGAGGGAUGCCGGCUUUGGUGAUGACUGGAAGGCGGCCCUGGAAUAUGUCAAGAAUUCCUAUGUUGAGCCUGGUCAGCAGCCCGAGAUGACGUGGCGCAUGUUCAUGAUCUCGGCAGAACGUCAAAAAGAGUCCCCCUUCUUCCUCGGCGGCUCGUCCUUCUGGGUCUCGUAUCCCACCGCCGCCAUGGACCACGACCUGAAGAUGAUGGUGAUGCGCGGCAACAACCCUCACUUCUCGCGGGCGACGGUUUUUCACGAGAUGGUGCCUGGUCACCGUUUACAACUGUUCAUGGGCAAGCGUCACCACCCGUACCGCGAGCUCUUCUCAACGCCCUUCUUCGUCGAGGGCUGGGCCAUGUAUUGGGAGUUUGUCUUCUGGAACAGGGGCGACUUCUUCGCGAGCCCCGAAGAUAAGAUUGGCACCCUCUUCUGGCGAAUGCACCGCUGCGCGAGAAUCAUCUUCUCUCUAAAGUAUCACCUCGGCGAGAUGACGCCCCAAGAGUGCGUUGACUUGCUGGUCGACUGGGUCGGGCACGAGCGAUCCAAUGCCGAGGCAGAGGUCACGAGAUCAUUCGGCGGCGAGUACUCCCCUCUGUACCAGGCCGGAUACAUGUUGGGGGCUUUGCAGAUGCAUGGCUUGCGGGAGGAGGUGCUGACAAAGGGGUUGAUGGGCGAGAAGGAACUUCACGACAAGAUCUUGAGGGCGAACACGAUGCCAAUCGAGCUGCUCCGGGCACUUCUCCUGAAUCUGCCCCUGAGUCCGGACACGGAGGCUCAGUGGAGGUUCUACGACUGA